AUGGCCGACGACGCACCCGACGCCAGCCCCAAGAACGAGCCCCUCAACAUCGAGACCAAGGAAGACGCCGAGACCCGCGCUGCUCGUCGGGAGCUUAAGCAGUCAUCCAUCUCCGAUACAACACCGUCGGCUGCAGAUGGCUCCGACACGGCCAAUGCCUCUGAUGCGCCAGACAGCGACCUGAAGGAUCAGGUUGCGUCGCCCAAGAAGAAGCGCGCGCACGACCAGCUCGAGGGCGGCAAGGAGGCCGAGGACAAUGAUGCGAACAGCGUUGCAUCGACCGAUUCCGCCAAGGACAGGGCCUCGCGACUAGAGCCCGAGAAGAAGCGUCCUCGCGAUGAGGACUCCAACGACGCAGAGCCGACCUCAACAGCUGCCUCGAGCCAAGAAGCGACCAAGGAGAACGAGGCCGGCAAGUCGCCAGCCAAGAAUGCUCAACCACAAACCUCUGCCAGCGCCUUUGCCGCCUCCGGCUUUGGCAAGCUGUCCUCUGGAUCAUCGCCGUUCGCCAGCCUCGGCGGCUCUCAGGGCGGCAGCGUAUUUGGCUCUGCUGCCGCUGGCAAGCCCUCGCUUAGCUCAUUUGCGUCUCCGGCUCCGUCCACAGAUGCGCAGCCCCCCGCCGCACCGAAGUUGACCUUUGGCAGCACCAGCGGCGCAUCGCCCUUUGCCGGUCUGUCUUCUGGUACUAAUGGUUUUGGAAGCGCAUUCGGCUCGAGCGCCUUUGGAUCUGCCCUGGGAGGUGCCAAGCCCCUCUCGAGUUUCGCCGCCCCUGGAAAGGAGCCUCUUAAGAGCGAGAAGCCUGCCAAGCCGUUUGGUGCUCCCGACAGCAGCGACGACGAAGAUGAGGACGGUGACGAGGAUGGCGACGAGAAUGAGCCCCAAGAGGUUGAGCGCGCCCUGUCCCCAGAGAAGGAUUCCGAUGAGAAGAGGAAGCUCAAGCUUCAGAAAGUUGAGGUGAACGAUGGCGAGGACGGCGAGGCUACGAUCAUAUCUGUGAGAGCCAAGAUGUUCUAUCACGACAAGGAAGCAGGCUGGAAGGAGCGUGGAGCAGGCAUGUUGAAGAUCAACGUACCCCAAGCUUGUGUCGAGUAUGAUGACAACGGUGCCGUCGUCCCGGGAUCAUUUGAUGCUUCUGCGCUAGAAGUCGAUGACCCAGAAAGCGCAAGCACUCACGGGCACAAGGUUGCUCGUCUUAUUAUGAGACAGGAUCAGACUCACCGAGUCAUUCUCAACACGGCGCUUGUUGCAGCCAUGAAGUUCCAAGAGAAGGCUUCGCUGAAGUCAGUUGGAAUUCUCUUUACUGCCUUUGAGGGUGAACAGGCAAAGCCUGUGAGCAUUACCAUGCGGAUGACUGCUGCCAAUGCUAAGGGCUUUAUGAAUGAGAUCGGCGUCAUCCAAAGGGAACUCCGGAGCAGCUAG